CCGGCGCCCCUUCAGGCACCGCCCGCCCGCCCGGCGCUUCUGCUUCUCCUCAGAGGCGACCAUGGUGGAAGUGAACUACCUUUUCCUGCACUCCGUGAGAGGAGGCCUCAAGAUUGCCCGCAUGCUUGUAGCUUUUAUGGCAACCAUCUGUUUUGCAGUUAACAAAUCUCAUGAAGCAUUUUUAGCACUCGUGAUCAUUGAAUUUGUCAUUACUUUAUUAUUCUUUUUACUAUAUCUGCUGAAUCUGCAAAAAAAGCUGAAUUUCUUAUUUUGGCCCUUGGCUGAUGCUUUCAACUCCCUGGUGGGGGCGCUGUUUCUCUUCAUUGUGGGACUGUUUGCAACAGUAAUAAAAACCAUAGUUGAAACUUUGGUUGGAGGGGUGUUUUGUCUGAUCCUGUGUGGUCUCUGCAUAGUAGAUGCUGCUUUUCUUUUGAGGAGGAUUACAUUUAACCAAGGAGCACCAACGGGGGAUGGUAAUAGCAAUUAGAAUGAUCAAUGGCCAAAGUCUAAUUUAUAAACAUUUGGAAAGCCUGUUGAACAAUAGGCUGCUCGUGCCAAAUUUUAUUUAUAUUUUUCUAAAAUCUGAAGAGCGUGAGCUAGCCAGUAACACAAGUCAAAUUGAUUUCAAAGGGAGAUUUUAAAGCAGAAGCUUAGCUCUCCCAGCAAAGUGAGCAAGGUUCUGAAAAUGCUUUUGUGCUCUUAGAUUAGAAGAAACAUAUUUAUGAAUUUUAAUAUACAGUAUUCUCAUGUACUCUUUUCUAAACUUGUUUACCUAUUCACCUGUAUGAGCCAUCUUGAAUUAAGAAUAAUCCUGUGAAUUUUAUGGAAUACCAGUUCUAACCAACAUAUUUCAAAUGAUUAUCAGAUGCAGCUUUAUGAACUGGUUUGUGUUAAUGUUUUUAAUUAAAAAAGCUUUACCUGUAAUAAUACUGAA